AUGAAGUUCACAAUCUCAUCGACGAUAUUUCUAACAAUACUUUUCGAUGCCGAUGCAUUGGACCUGAACCGAUUCUUUUGGCACGGUGAUCAACCUCAGACGACAGAAGAAGUUCAGAUAGUGGAGAUCGUUCGAUGGCGUCAACCAGUUUGCAUGAAACCCGCGAGGAGUGUAUCGUUGUGUCUGGAAGGCCUGCAAAAAUUUCAAACGGAGUACGAGCGUGUCACCGGCAAGCGAUUGAAAGAAGAAGAAGAAGAGGGAUACUCGAUGUUGACCGACGUGCAGUCGAAGUCGCUCGAACAGGAAGUUCUAAGCAAAUUCGAAUCUCCGGAAAUCGUCGUUUCCUUUCCUCGGGAGCAACUGCAACCCUCUGAAGAAUCCCUCGAAGAGAGAUCAGUGGAAUCGAGUCGAAGGACAUCUACAUUGACGGAAGAACAGGAAACGAACGUCAGGGAGGAGAGACACCUUCCGCAUUUGGAAAAACUGACCAAACGAAAACAGAUUUACGUAACCAAAGUUCUGAAUGCUCCAGUUACUGCUACCUUAGUCGCUCAUAACUGUCUGCCUGAUGUCGGAAUACCAUUGUGCGAGCAUCAGGAUGGGAACACUGAAGCUUUUGAAUCGCACAACGUGAGACCAUCCCUGAGUAUCACAUUGGCUAACACGAACGACGAGGGCAUCGUGGAAUUAUCUGGCGAUACGUUUCAUAGAGUUUCAACAAAAUCAAUUGGCGAAGUAGACGAGAGGAAGCCAGAAAUUGUCGCCAAGGACCCAAACUUCGUUCAAACACCCACGAGUUUUACUUUGGAUUGUCCUAGCGCCACGCGUACUCCCGUUUCGCGGCAGCAACUUGCGAUUUCGAGAAACGACGGAGCUGUUGUUUCGAACGUUGCUGGCAAACCUCUAGUUCUUAACAAUAUUUCGCCGUGUAGCGUAUUCGAGAAUCGAUCGCUAAAAGAAAGUAGUAAUCAGUUUGCAGAGUUUGGAAUGAAGAAGUCGUCGAUGGAGGAUGAGACGGAGAACGUGGCAUCGAGGAAGCAAGAAAUUUCGCUGGAUAAUGUUCACGAUGGCAAUAAAUUCGAUUUGGCAGAUGGAAUGCCAGUUCGAGUGCCGGUGUUUUCGGAUUGGUUGAAGGUAAUGGAUGAUAUUGAAGAGACACCGGAUGUACCGAAACCCUGA